GCGGCGGGCGGGGAAGAGUUGGGCAACGGCUGACCCUAAUAUCCACCAAAAAAAAAAAAAAAAAAAAAAAAAAACUUGGAUGAAACUCGGGGUUAGGGGUUGCCCGAGCUAGCCUCCUACACCUGUACCACCGCCGCGGCCGCUCAUUGCGUCUCAGUCCGUGCUGGACAGCUCGACUAAUGUCGGAUUUCAAGCUCGGGAUUGUUCGCCUGGGCCGUGUGGCCGGGAAGACAAAAUACACCCUCAUUGAUGAGCAGGAUAUACCACUGGUGGAGAACUAUGCCUUUGAGGCACGCAUGGAGGUUGACGCUGAUGGCAACGGAGCAAAGAUCUUUGCAUACGCCUUUGAUAUAAGCAAAGGCCGAUGGGCAGGUCGACCUCUGCACGAGUUACUCUGGGAAAAGCACAGAGGCGGCAUUGCUCCCAGCUUCCAAGUUGUCCACAUAAACUCAGUCACGGUGGACAACCGUCUAGACAAUUUGCGCCUCGUUCCUGUUGGCUGGACUCCCAAACCAGAGGAGCUGUCUAGCAAACAAAGGGAGCAGUCACUGUACUGGCUGGCCAUCCAGCAGGUUCCAGCUGAUCCGGUGGAGGAGCAGUACCUGGAGCUGGGCCGCACACGUUACUACAACGCCAACGGAGAGCUGGUGGAGGAGGAGGAGUGUUCCUGCACUUACUACGAGUGUCACUAUCCCCCUUGCUCACUCAUUGAAAGGAGGCUGCGAGAGUUCAACAUCUGUGGUCGCUGUCAGGUGGCACGCUACUGUGGCUCGCAGUGUCAGCAGAGGGACUGGCCAGCCCAUAAGAAGCAGUGCCGUGAACGCAAGCGGGUCCUGGCCCUGGAGACCGAGCCUGAGCGGUGAUCCCUUGACCACAUCACUCAAAAAUGGGGUCAGAGGGGGGACUGUGGGACGGGACUUGCAAAGAAAUGCAAAAACAACAACGUAAAAAAAUCUACUGACUGACUAACCGAAUGGGUGACAUGUUGGUAGGUAAGGCAGGCCUGUUGAGUGCGGGGCGGGGGGGCAUGAAAAACCUUUUUUGCUUCCCAAACUUUGGCAUUUCCUUGGCUUGUUAUGGGGGAUUUUUCUUUUAGAGGGAGAUCAAUAAAAGGCUGCUGCUAUGGAUGUGUGUUUUGUGAAGAAAAACACCACGCCAUCAUGACUUCCUCUGUAUGGACUGUCAAGAGUUCAUAAGCUCACUCCUUCCUUCCAUUCUCACGCCCGUCGUGAAGUGUUAGCCACUGGUCUCGAGGAACACGCCUGCUGUAGAAAGAGACGGAAUAACGGACCUCUUCACUGUACUUUUCCUCUCCCAGUUGGACUUCCUGUGCACAUAAACGCGCACACGCCCGCUUACCUGCCGUAUCCUUCCCCAGGUGUGCAGCAAAGGACUGUGCAAAUUCACACUACCAGUAUUGUUUGUGUAUGUGUGUAUAUGUGUGUGUGUGUGUGUGCGUGCGCGUGUGCCAUGCCAUUAUCGACUGAAGUAAUAGAAUUUUUCUCUAUUCCAGGGAUGGGUGGAUGGACUGGGUAGGGAAGAGUUAUUAUUGAACCUGGGGAUGUUGUCACUUUUUGUUCCUGUGGCGAGUUUCUGAAAUUGCUCUCAGUGCUGCAUUAAAAAUCCCAGUCGCCUUCCAUUAGAUAAUGUUCACGUGCCGUCACUAGCAUUUGGAUUCAAGGGAUGUCCUGGGCUAAAGGAAAAAAAAAACUUGAAAAUGCACACAGUUGUCUAAUGUAUUCAACGUCCACUGUCAUCUUUCUGCAAGUCGAAGCUUGGGUUAUUCGUUUGUCAAUCCUUCUUGUCCAGUGUAACACCUGUACCUUUUCUCUCUUUUUGUGUUUCAUAUAAACCUGAACCUUUUUAAAAAAAAAAAAAAAAAAAAAAAGACAAA